AUUUGAGAGAGAGAGAGAGAGAGAGAUGGAAGACAAGAGGAUAUAUGCAGAGAGAGAGAUGGAGGACAAGAGGACAUAUACAUCGCCUGAAUCAUAUUCAAUGAAUGGAGGAAAGGGCCCUUAUAGCUAUGCUCAAAACUCCAUCUAUCAGAGAGAGGCUGCUGAAGCUGCCAAAGAAAAGAUCAACAAGGCAAUAGCCGAUCACUUUGACAUUAAGACCCUUUCAGCUACUCUAAACUCAGUGUGUGUGGCAGAGUUGGGUUGUUCUACUGGGCCCAAUACCUUUAUCUCAGUGCAAAACAUAAUAGAAGCCAUAAAACUCCAAUACAUAUCAAAAGGAGUACAUACUGAAAUCCCAGAAUUUAUGGUGUUCUUCAAUGACCAUGUCUCCAAUGAUUUCAACACUCUCUUCAAGUCUCUUCCUCCCAACAAGCAAUACAUUGCAGCUGGAGUACCGGGUUCUUUCCAUGGCCGCUUGUUUCCCAAGGAAUCUCUUCAUUUUAUUCACUCUUCUUUUGCACUACAGUGGCUGUCUAAGGCUCCAAUAGAAGUUAUGGAUGAAGGGUCUCCUGCUUGGAAUAAAGGGAGGAUUUUCUACACAAAUGCGCAAAAGGAAGUUGUGGAGGCCUAUGCAACUCAAUUUGCCAAGGACAUCGACUCCUUCCUAUUUGCCAGAGCUCAAGAGCUUGUGGUUGGAGGUAUAUUGGCACUUUUCAUACCUGCAAUCCCUGAUGUGAUGAGCAAUUCUGACACGUUUAUUGGUACAGAGCUGGACCUUCUAGGAUCUUGCUUAAUGGACAUGGCUAAAGUGGGAUUAGGUGGUGAAGCAAAAGUGGAUGCAUUCAAUUUGCCUGCUUAUGUCACAACCCCAAAAGAAUUGAAGCCAUUGAUUGAAAGAAAUCGACAUUUCAACUUUGAGAGAAUGGAAAUAUUGAAUAACAAGUCAAAGUAUCUUACUUUGUGUAAUCCCUCGAUGCGUUCUUUAUUCCUAAGAUCCGCAUUUGAAGGAGUUCUCGAAAAGCAUUUUGGAAAUGAUAUCAUGGAUGAGUUGUUUAAUCGCUACACCGAGAAAGUUGCAAAGUCCUCCUUCUUCUUAAAUGCAGAAGCUGAUAAAUCGAUUGUAUUGUUUGUCCUUCUCAAGCGAAACAAUUACUAGACUUUAGCUUUAUUCCAACCAAAUAAAAUUCACUUGCAAUAAAAUGUGACAACAAAAAAGAGAAUACUCUUGUAAGGUUCUUGAUGUCAAAGUGAUCAUUGGCUACA